CGAAGACACCAGGGAAUCUUCAGGGGGUACGUCCACAGUCGCAACACAGCCAACCCGAUCAGCUGCUCUGCUGGCACAACCAAUUCUCUAACAAGAGGAUAAGAAGCUCCACUGUAAACCUGGCCUGUGGGGACCAGCAGCUCCUCACUAAGAAUGCAAGGAGGAUGCACAGUCAGGUGGAGAAGAGACGCAGGGACAAGAUGAACAGCUUCAUAGAUGAGCUGGCAUCAUUAGUGCCUACAUGCAAUGCUAAAUCAUGCAAACUGGACAAACUCUCAGUCCUGCGAAUGGCGGUCCAACACAUGAAAACAUUACAAGGUUCUGCUGUCAACCGAUACAGAGAGGUGAAUUCAAAACCUGCGUUCUUAUCAGAUCAGGUCCUAAAACACUCAAUACUGAGGGCUGCUGAUAACUUUCUGUUUGUUGUCGACUGCAGUCAAGGGAAAAUCUUGUUUGUUUCAGAAUCAGUGUACAAGAUCCUAAACUAUAGCCAGAAUGACCUGAUGGGCCAGAGUCUGUUUGAUCACCUGCAUCCUAAAGAUAUUUCCAAAGUCAAGGAGCAGCUGUUCUCAGAGGUUACCGCACCACAAGAGGGACUCACCAAUGCAAAAAGUGGUCUUUUCUUAAGAACAAAUAAGAAUCCAUGUUCUUUAUGGCUUUUUUCUGGGCUGAGACGUUCAUUUUUCUGCAGGAUGAAGUGCAAUCGAAACAUGGAAUAUGAAGAUUUUUCCUCCAGCUGCUUGAAAAAAAAUGAUCUUAAAGGUUUCUGCACCAUUCACAGCACCGGUUACCUCAAAAGCUGCCCCCCCACUCAGGUGGAUCUGGAUGAAAAUAAUAAGGUUGACAAUGAUAAAUGUUACUUAAGCUGUCUGGUGGCUGUUGGUCGGUUGCAUCAAAACACUAUUUCUCGGCCGGUGCAGCAUCAUGUCAAGGUCAAACCCGUGGAGUUUGUGUCACGUCAUGCCAUUGACGGAAAGUUUGUCUUUGUAGAUGGAGGGGCAACUGCCAUUUUGGCUUAUUUACCUCAAGAGCUGCUGGGAACGUCAUUUUUUGAGUACUGUCAUGAAGAUGAUAUUGCUCAUUUAGCAGAAUGUCACAGACAAGUGCUGCAGAUGAGAGAGAAGAUCAAUACAAACUGCUACAAGUUAAAAAUAAAAGAUGGCUCAUUCAUCACACUAAGGAGCUGCUGGUUCAGUUUUAAGAACCCCUGGACCAAAGAAGUGGAGUACAUUGUUUCGACCAAUACUGUUGUCACGAUGGACGCUGAGAUCUCAGAGGGUCAGAAAGGGUCUGAAGAGGUUGUUUCAUCUGCAGCUCAUGGGAGCAUGGUGGGGGGAGAGGUGGAGAAGGACAGAGGUAAGAGGCAGGAGGUUGCAACAUCAGGUGAGGACGAAGGUGUUUUUGAAGCACUAAAGGGCUCUACGCCUCAGUCUCAAGGACGAGCUGAAGGAGAUCAACACUAGAAAUUGGUCUGAUUAGGUCGACUGCAUGUCUGCCAUACCUGCACACACACCUGGAGUAGAGGAUGAAGAGGCCUAAGAGUGAAGGACAUGGCUCAAAGGCGGAUGGAAGUGUUUUCAUUGCAACAGAGGACAUGAACACUGACUUUCCUCACCACCCUGAUCCAACCCAGCACCAUGUAGUGAUCAGCUGUUCUCCUCUCAUAUGUCGACAAAGUCACUUAUCAAUCUUUGAUAGUUGUGUGCUCUGAGAUAUUGGGAUAUCCCAUAAUAAAGCGCUAUAAAAGAAGGAAAAGGAGUAACAACAACAGCAAAAAAAACAAUAAACUUGAUUUGUUGUGCCCUUUUUGCAAGACUUUUUUUCCCUAAUUUUAUAUUUCAGUAGAUAUGUCACAAUAACUACAUUAUUGACUUCCAGGUCAGCAAAAAUGAUCAAGGUCAUGAAAACAUUUUAACCAAUAUGAU